UAGUUCCCUGGCUGUCACACGACGUCACAUGCGGACGCGGAAGUGUUAUGGUUACAGGCAGAGCUGGGUUAAAUUCUCAGUCGGGAAUAAUCGGAUUGUUUCGGUGCCGGGACAGAUAUGAGUGGCCGGAAAGAAGCCCGCGGGGGAGGAAAAGGCGCUCCUGCUGCGCCCAAAAGGCCCCCUUUCCUGCUGGGAGGCUUCCCUACAGAUGAUGAUCUAGAGGACGAUGGUAGUUUGGAAGCAGAACUUCUGGCUCUGACUGGUGGCCACCAAUCAAAGGGCAAGGAAAAGCCCAAAGGGAAAGCCCCUCUGCCCAUGGAGGCCAUUGAGAAGAUGGCAGCUCUCUGUAUGCAAGACGUUGAGGAUGAUGAUGGAGAAGAUUUGGAUGAUGAUGAGGACUUGUUGGCAGAGUUGGAUGAGGUCUUGGGAGAUGAAGCAGAAGAGGAGCCCAAGGUUGCAGCCCCUGCUCCACAGGCUGCCCCAUCUUCAGAAAGGGGGAUGGAGAGUACACUCACUGAGCGUUUGGCAAUGUACAAAGAAGCUCUGGCUAAUUCCAAGCAAGGAGGAGAAACGAGCAAAGCCAGAAGAUAUGAGAGAGGGGUAAAGACAUUAGAAGACAUGAUCCGUUCAGUUCAGAAGGGCAAAUCUGUGUCUCCGGAUGACAUUCCUCCUCCAGUUGCUGUUGGAAAAAGCCAGAAUGCCCCAGUUACCCUGCCUGCUGCCCCCUUGUUAGAGCAACCCCUACAGCCUCAGCCAGUGAUUCCUUUGCUUAAGGAACCCCCUCAGCCACCUGCACCCCUCAGGCCUCCUCCCCAGGUGCCUGCUAAACCUCAGAUGCCUCCUCCCCAGGUGCCUGCUAAACCUCAGAUGCUUCCAAAACCUUUGAGCUCACCAGUAGCAGUUCCAUCACCUGCUCCAACUGUCCCAAGCACAGUGCCAAAUGAAGAUAGGGCACGAGUCCUGGAACGACAAAGGGAAUAUAAACUGGCAGCUCUUCAGAGCAAGCAGCAGGGAGAUACAGAAAUGGCAAGCAAGUACUACCGCAUUGCCAAGUCCCUGGAUCCAAUGCUUUCUUCACUAGACUCUGGUGCGAAAGUGGAUACAAAAAUCCUCCCCCCACCUCCAGACAAGUUGCCUAAACCAUUGGCAGCUCAGAAUUCUGAAAAUGCAACGCCCCCUACAUCCUCAAACAAUGUGCCUGUAAAUAAGCCAGUAGUUGUCCAGACUCCUGUAAAUACAGGUCCCCCUCCAUCCUCAGAUCCCCCACCAGCCCCACGAGACACCCUAGAAGCUCUGCAGCAGAGGAUGGAUCGAUACCGCAGUGCAUCAGAGCAGGCAAAGAGCAAUGGAGAUGACCGCAAAGCACGCAUGCAUGAACGUAUUGUGAAGCAAUACCAGGAUGCCAUCCGCAGCCACAAGGCAGGGAAACCGGUGAAUCUGGCAGAGCUUCCUGUUCCACCAGGAUUUCCUCCAAUCCUGGGAUCCGAAUCAUCAACGCAGGAGCAAAGCAUUGUAGGAGUACUGGAGACAGCCAUGAAGCUGGCCAAUCAAAAAGAAGGAGAUGGUGAUGAUGACAGUGAUGAGGAGGGUGAAAAGCCGGCAGAGACGCAGAAGCCUGCUCCACAUCCCAGGCCAGCAGGACAACCUCAGCAAGCAGCACUCAAGGUUACCCCUUCCAAGAGCCCCAAAAUGUCUGGAAAAGCACAACAGCAACUUGACUUUCUAGAAGGACGAAAGAAGCAGCUUCUGGCUGCCGCCCUCCGCUCCAAACAACAGCGUGACCUAGAGGGGGCCAAGAAUUUCCUUCGCCAAUCCAAAGGCCUGGAGCCUAUGAUAGAAGCUGCACGUGGAGGAUUGCCUGUAGAUAUCACCAAGGUACCGCCUGCACCCAUAAAUGAGGCCGAUUUCAGCCUGAACCAGCAGAGGAGAGGGGGAGGAAGUCUUAAUACCGAGAAAUACCAACAACUGAUGGAAAAAUUAAAAGAACAACAUGAGAUGUGUGUGUCUUAUUCCAGGCAAUUCACUCACUUGGGAAACAUCACAGAAACAGCAAAGUAUGAGAAGUUAGCAGAGGAGUGCAUGAAGUACAUUGAUUUGCUGAAGCAGGCUCAUUCCAGGGGUCUCCCUGUCCCUGGCUAUCACUUUGAAGAGAGAACUAUCAACAUCAUGAAGAUCUUCCCAGAGCUGAGCAGUGCGGAUCUGGUACUGAUUGUAGCCAAAGCAGUCAACCUGCCAAUACCAUCAGGAUCAUCCCCUCAUGAUAUGGACACCUUUGUUCGCUUUGAGUUUGCCUAUCCCAGUCUGGAGGAAGCCCAGAAGGACAAAACAAAUGUAAUAAAGAGCAGUAAUUCUCCAGUGUUUAAGGAGAGGUUCACGCUACACAUAAACCGAAAUCACCGGGGUCUUAAGAGAGCCAUCCAAGCAAAGGGGAUCAAAUUCGAGAUCAUCCAGAAGGGGGGUCUUUUUAAGUCAGACCGUCUGCUGGGGACUUCACAACUCAAACUGGAAGCUCUGGAGAGCAGCUGUGAAAUCCGGGAUAUACUGGAGGUGAUGGAUGGUCGCAAAACCACAGGGGGCAAGUUAGAGGUGAUCGUCAGAAUCCGGGAGCCCCUCACAUCUCAACAGCUUAGCAGCACCACUGAGAAAUGGCUAGUUAUUGACCCCAUCACCUUGCCUCCGGUAUCUGCUCCAAAACCUAAACAGACAGCUCCAGUAAAACCUGCAAGCAGCAGCACACAGACUCUUCAUAGUCUGACUGUUCUAGCGUAUGACAAGGAUAAACUGGAGAAAAAGAUCCUUUCAUACAAGCAGCAGCACCGUGCAGUCCCUGAUGACCUCAUUGCCCAGAUUGAUGAUAUCACACGGCGCAGCCAGCAGCAAAUACAGCUUCUGAGGCAAGGAGGACCUUCUGUUCGAGCUGAAUAUGUGCGGCAGCUGGAACGCUACCUUCAGUUUUAUGGAGAGUCUGCACGGCGCCUCGGACAGGAGGGCAAUAGGGAGGCAGCCAAAGAUGCACUAUACAAGAGGACUCUAGUAAGCAAUGAGCUGCAGAAAUUUAAUCAAUGAAGGAUAUUCCGAUUGGAGUGACAAUGGAUAAUGAUUCUGGUGCCUUAUUGCUUCUACAUUGAAUGACUCCACCAUACUUGCUGCUGCCUCUCAUGCCUUCGCCCUCAUUGUUGCCGUCAUGUACGGAGCGUAGAGACAAUCAGAACCCGUGCGGAACUUUAUGAAUGACCUGUCAGAACACUACCAAAGAAACCAGCAUUAUGAGCAAGUGUGUACAUUGCACGUAGGCCUGUGUGAUCGCUUAGUUUUGAGUGCAAGCUGCUCUCCCCUCCUCUCGCUUGCUCUGUAUGUGUGUGUCGUCUUUCCAUCCCGAGCCGUAACACAAUCACCAUAACUGCUUCUUUGUGCACCACGGAGGGUUUGUGUGAGAGCGAGUGUGAUACGGCUUGGAACAUUUCGGUUUGAGAGACAAAAGGGAUUUGGUUGUUAGAGACUGAGAAUAAAGACCUUUAAAUAGAUCCCGUAGUCAUGUAAGUGUCCAUGCUUGUGUGUAACUGUCCGUUAAGGUACAUAUAUAUAUAUAAAUAUACAUUUCCUUGUA